AUGUCAAACAAAAGUAAACAAUUAGAUAGUUCUAGUAAAAUAAAAGUAAACGAUUCAGUGUGGAAAAAAGCGUUUUCAUCUAACGCUGAAUGGCCCGACAAGGAGGAGUUUUUAGAUGUAAUCUAUUGGAUGCGGCAGGCGAUAGGCAUCGUUCUGGGACUCUGUUGGGGAUUGUUACCAUUAAAAGGAUUUGUGGGCUUAUUACUAUUUGUGGUGGUGAAUGCCGCAGUGAUAUAUUUCUAUGUAAGCAGUUACCAAAAUGUUGAUGAAGAAGAGUAUGGGGGAAUGUGGGAAAUAACCAAAGAAGGCUUUAUGACGUCUUUUGCUGGCUUCUUAGUAACAUGGAUUAUCAUGUAUACAGGUCUACAUAGCACUAGUAAUUUAUGA